AAACUGCAUCCCUAGCCACUUAGUUCCGCCAACCUGGAUGUGCAUCCGGCCUUCCCCUGCCCUAUGAAGUUGUAGUGGCCGGGUGGGAGAGAUCCCGCUGAGUGUGCGUUGUCCUCGCAACGGACCUGAACCUAACGCGAUCUCUAAAGCCCAGGACUCCGGCGACCCCACUCACCUGCAUCAUGGCAGUCCCAGGUUGCAACAAGGACAAUGUCCGAGCAGGCUGCAGAAAAUGUGGCUACCCUGGUCAUCUGACUUUCGAGUGCCGCAAUUUUCUCCGAGUAGACCCCAAAAGGGACAUUGUGUUGGACGUCAGCAGCACAAGUAGCGAGGACAGUGACGAAGAAAACGAGGAGCUGAACAAGCUGCAGGCUCUGCAGGAGAAAAGAAUAAAUGAAGAAGAGGAGAAGAAAAAGGAAAAAAGCAGAGAAAAAAUUAAAUUGAAAAAAAAAAGAAAAAGGUCUUACUCCAGCACCACUGAAGAAGCCUCUGCAAAACAAAAGAAGCAGAAGUAUCAGAAAAAAGAAAAGAAAAAGGAAAAAAAGAACAAAUCAAAAAAAGGAAAACAUCACAAAAAGGAAAAAAAGAAGAGAAAAAAGGAAAAGCGUUCUUCCCCUAACCGUUCUGAAUUCACCAAAAAGUAACAAAGUCUUGGGCCUAACUCAGGAAAUUGAAGAAUUCAGUCAUUUUAACUAUUGAACUGUCCUUAGAAUUGCUAUGUAAUUACGCUUCACAGAAAACCCCAGCCUCUUCUAUAAGGACAUUUUUCACCUAUUGGGGCCCUUAUCUCUGCCCAUCUGUAUUAAACCCAUCUCCUUACUUGACAGCUGUGCCUCACGUAUAGAUUGUGUACAUAGAAAGCACAUCAUUUUGGCUAUUUGUGUUUCGGUGUCUUAGGCCAGUGCGGUCUCUUGGUAAGUUAAUCAGCACGUGGCUUUCCUGCAAUCAAAGGAAUAAUGUACAUAGCAGCUCCUGAGUUGCGUCCGCCUUCCAGUGCCAAAGCUGCUUAGGCGGUCGUGAUUUGCUCUUGAUACAGAAUAGCUUUAUGUACUCUGCAACAUGUAGAGAUAGGGAAGGUCUUCGCUGUUCUUUUUAAAUCUCUAGGCUUUUUAAAUAACAUCAUUGAGGAUAAAACCACUUUACGGAUCUGAAAUAGUAAGUUUUUAAAUGAAUGGGGUCUAUAGGAAGAUAAUAAUGAAAGUAUUUAUAACAGUGUCGCCGUUUUAUGAAAUGCAUGUUUCUGGCACUGCCUUCCAUGUUUUUAUAACAAUUAAAACAUCCCUUUUUUAAAAAAACAAUCAUCUAGCUUACUAGAAAGUCUGUCAGGGAGAUUCUGCACUGGUCGAGAUUGUUAGGGCAGAUCCUGGGUUGAUUUACAAAUGUGCCAUAUUGGCAUGUCUUAGGUGAUGAUGCCUCAAACACAGAGCUCUUUGUGUGGUAGCAGCAAAAUCCUCAUUAAAACUGACUUUUAUUAUAUCUAGUGCUUAUGAUGCUUACAUACAUGCAUAUUAUGGCAGUUUUUAUGAAUGUUUGCAUAUAUAUUUAUUUUUUCUGAAAUGGUUUUAGAGUGGGUUUCACACUGGACUUCUGGUUUCAUGGCUAAUCGAUGUUGAUAUUUCCUCUUUCAUUUCAGUCACAGAUCUUCGUAGCACUGUGAAAUUUUUUAAAUUAAGAUUUUCAUUCUGUACUUUUUAAAAUUGAAGACUUGGAGGUAGCAUCAUGAAAGUCUUUGUAUAAUAAUGAAAUUUGUAUAUAAAUAAGCCUUUUCAAGGACAUAUUAGUAGAUUUAACUGUUUCUUACAUUUUUAACUUCAUGGUUAUCAGUGUAGAGGAGUUUAACAUUUAAUGAUCCCUAAUACCAACAAGUUAGCUUAUUAUGCCAUAAAAGCACUGAACACCAACUGUUAUGAUAGAACAGACCCAGAGUUUCUGAGCACCUUGCUGUGGUGCACUUAAUACUUAUCUUCAGAUUGGGAAGGACACAUGUGGCUGCGGGCAAAUUUAUGGCCAUAAAAUCAGAUACGCACACUUGGCCUUGUAGGCCAAAGAGCUUUACCAGUUUUUCCCUUACUCAGCACCCAAACUGGCAUUCCCUGAUUGACUCAGGGAUAGUCCUAGGAAGUCCCUUAAUGUACCCUCAUCUCUGCUCAGGUUGCACAGAAGUUACCCCCCACACCCUUUCCUACACUGCUCCCAUGAAGUACACAUAUCUUCAGCUCUUCCACUAACUGGCUACUCUCCUGGCCCAUAAAAAAGUAAUUUUAGAGUUUUAUCAGUUGUUUGAACUAAAGCACAGAACUUUGAGAUUUUUAAGGAUUUGUUUUGUUUAUGCUAAGUUUGUGAAAGUUCAGUUAUCUGAAUUAAUAAGCGGUUAUCUGGAUUAAUAAAAAUAAAUGUCAUUUUUUAAAUAUUUUUUAAAAAUAGCAGGGAGCUGGAAAGUUACUCCACAGUUAAAUGCUCCUGCUGCUCUUAGGGAAACCUUAGCUCAGUUCUCAGCAUCCUCAGUGGGAGAUUCAUGAGCACCUACAACCCUGUUACUCCAGCUCCGAGGGACCCGAUGCCUUCAUCUGACUUGUGUGGUGCCCAUGAAGAUACUCACAAAGAUACACACAUGCCUGUAAAUUUGAGUAUUUUUAAAGUUCAAGGUUAAAAAGACAUAGCAAAUGCUACAUAAAUGGCCUCAUCCCAUUGCGUGUGUAACAUUAUUAUCAAUGACAGAUGUAAAUGAAUAGUUUAUCUUAUUUACAAAUUUUAUUUCUGUUAAUUGUAAGAAAAUAUAAAUUGACAUAUAAGGGUUAUUUUUCCCUCCAGUUGUGACAAAGCCAAUGAUCCAGAAGUGUCACACAGUCAGCUUCUCACUCCGUAAUCUGCUACAGAAAAUAAAAGAUUUUAAUGGACUAGUCAUUUCCCCCAGAAAUAAUCCUAAAAUUAUUAAUAAAUUUUCUUAUAAUACUAGCAUACCUUAUGAAAUAUCUGAGUAAAGUCAUUUCACUAAAGCAAAAAGUUGUUCUUGUUGUUGGAGUGAGAUUCAUGAAAUUUCUUUGUAGACAAUAUGAAAGAAACAGAAAAGUUCGUUUAGUAAUAACUGUCCCAAAGUGCUGUUAUUGUCACCGCAGCCUGAGCCUCAACCAGCCAGCCCGAACUCCAUCUCCUCUCGCCUCUGCAGCCUUUGGCCACACCACCCUGAGCACAUUCUAUCUCUCCCUCCCCUGUGGAGCCCCCAGCAAAGUCAUUAGCUUCUCAGGGCCUUGGUGUCUCUUGCCUAUGAAAUAUUAUACUGUGUUUUCUCAGGUCACCUGUAGCCCUUAAUAUAUCUGAGUAUCAGUAAUAUUCCAGUGAAAUUCAAGCAACAUCUUUUUAAAGCAGGUACUACAGAUAUGGCCAGCAUUCUGUAAAGGUUGCAUUUAUUAUUAUAGCAGGUAAACAUAUCAAUUUAAAUAGAUAAAUGGUAUUGGAUGCAUUCUGUUACAGCCCAAUUAUAUGCCUUUUUCACCAAAUACAGACAAGGUUACACGUCUGUAAAUUUACAAGAUUUCUGUCUGCAGCUAAAUUAUCUGAGCACUUUGGAGCUGCUGUUUUUAAACUGACAGGUCUGCUCCCCCGGUUUCCCCCCCCCCCCCCCCCGCCUUUUGUUUUUCUCAUUGUCUGUUGUCUACAAGCUCUCAGGUUUUUCUUAGUUCCUUAUAUUAAGUACAUCUCAUCUUACCCAUUUAGUUCUUGGAGGCCAGGGCGCUGAUAAAUGAUGGCUUGGGCAACUGUGUCCGUCUGUAUUUACAACUCUGUCUAAAGUUAUAAGAUUCUAGGCUAUCCUCAGCCUUGAAGUAGGUGGCAGAGUUCUUACUAGUGGCUGUAGACUGCCGGCCUGCUUCCCUGCAGAGCUUGCUUUCUGGCUGGUGGGAGGACCACGGGAACCACACCCAUGCAGACUGGGAUGGUUCAUGUAAAGAAUUACAGAUGCUACCUAACUAGUUGGCAGCAGUUAGAGGAGCCACUGAGCAAACAUAACACCUGAAUUGUACGUUCCUAGCGUUGAUGAGAGGAGUCUGGAUGCUUCUUGACUUGAGUGGAUGCUGGCAAGAAAGAGGCCGGUGAGCUGGGAAUGGACAGUGGUGCCUGAAAGAAUGGGUGCUUGGUGUGGCUUGUAAGUCUGUGUAAUUCAGAGCGUAAAAACUGAGGAGACACCGUUUCAGAUUCCUGCAGCCAAGGGAAGGAGGCCUUAGGCACCAUGAGGCUGCAUAUUUGCAAGCUUACACUUAACUCUAAGCCAUGAGAUGUUACAGAGUUUUAAGGAAGAAAAUGCUGUUUACUUGGGUUUGGUCUCAUCUGUUUUAU